GCAGGAGCGGUUGUGAUGCGGUUGGUAACAAUGGGAAUCGAAGAUUAGGAACAUCUGGACCGCUUGUGCAUUAAACACCGGAGUGCAGGAUUGGCUCGUGGAAGCCGCUUCCUAGAAGCUGACCGAAAAACUGACACGGGGUCUCAAGGACGGUGUUAUGGCAUUAAGUAGACAGGAGUUCUUCCAGGAGCUUGCGGAGGGAUGCCUGCUCCCCACAGCACAGCAAGGUCUGGAGCAGGUUUGGCAGCUGCUGGUUAUCUGUUUGCUGUGUCGGCUUCUCUGGAGACUAGGUCUCCCGUCCUAUGUCAAGCAUCUGAGCACAGUCGCCGGGGGCUUCUAUUCCCUGUACCUGUUCUUCGAGCUGCACAUGGUGUGGGUGGUGCUGCUGAGCCUGCUCUGCUACCUCAUCCUCUUCCUGUGCCGGCACUCUCACAGCCGCGGGACCUUCCUGUCCGUCACCAUACUCAUCUACCUGCUCAUGGGAGAACUGCAUAUGAUGGACACUACCACCUGGCAUAAAAUGAGAGGCUCUCAGAUGGUGGUGGCCAUGAAGGCGAUCUCCCUGGCCUUUGACUUGGACAGAGGCGUGGUGCCCACUGUACCAUCCCCUGUGGAGUUCAUGGGGUACAUUUACUUUGUGGGUACGGUCAUCUUCGGCCCAUGGAUCAGCUUCAACAGCUACAAAGAGGCCAUCGAGAGCCGAAAGCUGAGCUUCUCCUGGUUGUUGAAGGUGUGUGCCAGCUGGGUCAAGUGCCAGGUGUGCCUGGUCAUCUCCAACUGCAUCGCACCCUAUCUCUUCCCCUACAUCAUCCCUAUCUACGGGGACAGGCUGCUGCGCAACAAAAAGAAACGGAAAAACAGAGGCACCAUAGCAAGGUGGCUCCAUGCCUAUGAGAAUGCCGUGUCCUUCCACUUCAGCAACUACUUCGUUAGCUACCUGAGCGAGACCACCAACACGCUGGCUGGAGCGGGCUUCACUGAGGAGAAGGACAAUGUCAAGUGGGAUAUGACCGUAGCCAGGCCACUCAACGUGGAGUUUCCCAGGUCCAUGGUGGAGGUUGUGACCUCAUGGAAUCUACCCAUGUCUCGUUGGCUCAACACCUAUGUUUUCAAAAGUGCUCUCAAACUUGGAACCUUUCCUGCCAUCCUGGUGACUUACACAGCCAGCGCCCUUUUGCAUGGCCUCAGCUUCCAUCUCGGGGCUGUGCUUCUGUCUCUGGGAUUCAUCACCUAUGUGGAGCAUGUUUUGCGAAAGAGGUUAUCCGCUAUCUUCAGUGCCUGUAUCCUGUCAAAGAGAUGUCCACCAGAUUGCAGUCAUCAGAAUAAGAAGAAUCUAUGGGUGUAUGGGAUCAACAUUGCUUUCAGUGCUCUAGCCAUCUUCCACCUGGCAUACCUGGGCUCUUUGUUCGAUGCUCAUGUGGAUAACAUGGACGAGGAUGAGGGUUAUGUGGCCAAUCACACCAUUCAGAAGUGGACGGAGCUGAGCUGGGCCAGCCAUUGGGUGAUGUUCGGCUGCUGGGUGUUUUACCGCCUCAUUCGCUGAGGGCAGUGCAGGUGAAGAGAGAGGGAGAAGGGAGAGCAAUAAAAUCCAACCAGUUGAAGAAAGAAUUAACAGAGGCACCUAUUGUCAGGGCAGGACUGGUCGACUCCUUCGCCUCCACGAAUUUCUAACUUAGCGGAUUGAAGAGUUUAAUUCCCCCUCCACUUUCAGUGCUCAGGACAGCCAAGAUUCAGAAUCUGGGUACCUGACUUCAUUUGCUCGAGCCAAAAUUGUAUGGAUUUCCCCUCUACGAGGGCUUGUGGCCACCACUGUUUAUUUUUCCUUGUGAAGUAAUGAAAUGGCAUAAAUACUCUCAGCACUGUUUAAACUCUGAUCACAUCCUGUUACGGGAGGGGCAUAGCUUUGCACAUGGUCCACACUGCACUUCACAAUCGAUACUCCUCAAAGUGAUGGCCGUUAGCCUCCUCCAUUAGCUUAUAUAGAGCUGCUUACCUAUUUCAGGGUCAUAUUUUGCACUGAGCCCACAUUAGGCUGAAUGGCAUAUAUUACCCAUGUCUUCACCUAGAUAUUUUCUUCCUAUUCCUUUCUGUCGGAUCUUACUAUGUAUGUGGUUGUUUUGAGAAGAGCUUGCACUUAGCAUAGAAAAUGGUCCAUGGCAGAGAACAGGAUUACUGGUAAGAACUGGAGGACUCCUAUAGACUGAAGAAAGACACUCCUUUCCAACACCGUCACCUUGAAAAACAUAUGGUGUUAGAGCCUGACCCUGAGUCAGAGCAAACGUUUUUUGUUAAAUGCUUGGGGUUAGGAUUGGGAUGUGGGCAAGCUAAUCUUGGAUCUGUUGUCAAGAACAGAAAGCACCUGGCACAAAAAAAAGUGUUGGCCUCUGCAAAGAAGGCUGUUUGCUCCUUCAGUUGACCUACUGAAGGAGUGGGAUGAAUCGCGAGAUCUGCCAAAAAAUAUAGACACAAAUUCCUGAAUGCCGCUUGAAAGAAUAUCUCCGUUUUCUCUCUUUUCGCUUGAUUAGUCUUAUAAACAUGAACAUGGUCCAAAUGUUCACCCUUGCCUUUUUCUUAAUAACACUAACUCAACCAAUAAUGCACAUCAGCGCCAGAGCUGAGAAAGUGGAUAGAUUAUACAGGUAGCACAAUCAUGGUUUCCACGCUUUCCCACACGUGUAUUUAUUAUC